UUCUGAUGGCGUUCCGGAUCGCGACACCGACUCGGGAAACCGGUAUUCGUCAACGGCUGCUAGUUUGAGUCGGCUUGAGAAGAGAUUUCCAUCAAAUUAAAUUAUAAUUCAAACCUCGCAUCUCGCAUCACAUUAUUGAGUUAAGUGAUUGGGUUAGUCUUCGAUUUUUUUUCAGGCGCGACGGCGUUUAGCGUACGUAUCUAACUCGAUUUCGUUGUGGCCCACUAAAAACAUAUUACACAAUGAAAAAGUUUCGCAGAAUUGAUCUUGAACUCAUUCGCUAGCUUUAUCCAUUUUCGUAAACAACAUAUUAAUGGGGUGGCUUUUUAUUGUUUUUUUAGAGUGACGAGCUUUUUAUACAGAUUCAGUGUGUUUAGCGUUACUGCCGGAACCGGGAGUGUCAGUAGUUUAGUGGAAAUCGCGGUACCUAUUGGGAGGGCCCUGAAGCAGCAAUUGAAUGGUGUAUUGUUCGGUAGUACUUACAAAUUAUAUUUGAUAUUCUGUGCAUAAAUAUCUGUGAUUUUGAGUUUAUUGUGGAAAGUUUUUUGGAGAAUUGCGUCACCAAGUUCAUGAGUGUACUGGCUUGAUGUGUUUCUGGAAAACCAGUCUACAAAAGCGGACCAAUUCUCUCAACCAAGGACAACAGCCGGGCGAUAUAAGUUGCAGGGACAAAUGUUUCUUCAUAAAGAUUUCAGUGAAAUUUCAAAUAAAUUUGUAGAUACUUUCAAAAGCUAGUGAACCGUGUCAUAAAAUCUAGUGUUCAGUGAACCUAUUAAUCGAUUUUUUUCUUGUGAUAUAUUUUUAAAUUUUCUCAGUGAUAGUGUAGGAUAUUGUGAAAAUAUAACAAAAUGAAUAAAAGUAUAGAGGAUUGUUCGAAUAAGGCGAAUCCUUACGAUAAUGCUUCGCUUGUUUCAAAGGCGUCAUUUUGGUGGUUGAAAGAUCUUUUCAAACUUGGUCUUAAGAAGCCAAUCGAACAGGAGGAUCUCUACGAAACAGCUGUGGACCACAGAAGUAAGCCAUUGCGAAAAAUGUUCAACCGUUAUUGGAAGGAUGAACUGAAAAAACCGAGCCCGAGCCUGCUCAAGUGUUUUAUAAAAGCCUUUGGGGUGAAGCUCGUCGUGUACGGUAUUCUCUACAACGUCACUGAUACGUGCGCAAAGAUAUUUCAACCGCAAUUUCUUGGCGGCCUAUUAUCCUUCUUCUCUGAGGGACAAACUGAAAUCACAAAGACUGAAGCAUACCUGUACGGCCUUGGAAUUAUUAUGUGUUCAUUAAUUCCAAUUCUUGCAUUCCAUCCGUUCAUAUUCUUCGGAUUCCAGGUUGGAAUGAAAUUACGUCUGGUUUCAUGCUCAUUAAUUUACAAUAAGGCAUUAAAAUUAACAAAAUCAGUUUCGGUGGAUGGAAUUGCAGGACAAGUCAUCAAUUUAAUGUCGAAUGAUGUGUCAAGAUUCGAUUUCUCCACGGGUUAUGUGAAUGAUUUGUUCAAAGGACCAUUAGAAAUGUUCAUUUUCGGAUAUUUCAUCUACCGCGAGAUUGGGGCGUAUGGUUUGAUUGGAAUUGGCUGUUUGAUAUCCUUCAUGCCGCUACAAACUUAUAUGGGCAAAAAGGCUGCCAACUUCCGCCUGAGCACUGCAAAACGUACCGACAUUCGUGUACGUUUCAUGAACGAAAUCAUUCAGGGCAUUCAAGUGAUAAAAAUGUACGCGUGGGAGAAAUCAUUUGCUAGUGUAAUUGAUAAAGUUCGCAGGAAGGAGAUCCGAGCCAUUCGUGGCAGCUUGUUCAUACGCGGUACGCUGAUAUCCUUCAACAUGGUAUCACGGUUGGCCAUUUUCCUCAGUUUAGUUUCAUAUGUCUACUUCGGAAACAUUUUCACGGCCAGAAAAGUGUUCAUAGUGACUUCCUAUUUCACGUCUCUUUACACGUCCCUGUUCCAUUUCUGGCCACUGGCUAUAACGUAUUUGGCUGAAUUGUACGUGUCUAUGCAGAGGAUACAGGAAUUCCUAUUGCUUCCUGAACAUAAACCAAUGUUGCCAGAGGAUGGAGAUGUUGGACAUGAGACUGAGAAACUACUUAAAAAUGGCGAAGCACAUAAGCCGGCAAAUGGUUUGCAAACAAAUGGUGUAAAUAAUAAGGAAGACAAAGCGCUGUCAAGGAGAAUCGCUAACAGACAUGUAACACACGCUUCGAUUCUUUUCAAGAAUACAACAGCUGAUUGGAUAAUUGAUGGCAAAUCAAGGCAAGCUGGUAUUCGAAACAUAGACCUAGACAUCCAACCAGCCCAACUAUGUGCCAUCACAGGACAAGUGGGUUCCGGAAAGUCUACCUUGUUCCAAGUUAUUCUUGGUGAACUAGAAGUCGAUUCAGGCAGUUUGAUUGUUAACGGACGAAUAAGCUAUGCAUCACAAGAGCCAUGGCUCUUCGAAGGAAGCGUUCGAAAAAAUAUAACAUUCAUUGAGAAGUUCGACGAAAAACGCUAUCGUGAAGUUGUAAAAGUUUGUGCUUUGGAGCGAGACUUCGACUUGUUCCCAUAUGGCGAUGCAACAAUUGUAGGCGAGCGUGGAGUUAGUUUGAGUGGUGGCCAGCGCGCUAGAAUAAAUCUAGCGAGAGCAAUAUAUAAAGAAGCUGAUAUCUAUCUACUAGAUGACCCUCUAUCUGCCGUCGAUGCACACGUUGGCAAGCACAUUUUCGAAAAAUGUAUCCAGCAAUUCCUUUGUGAUAAAGUUGUUGUUCUUGCUACUCACCAGCUACAAUAUCUCAAAAAGUGCAAGCAAGUUGUCGUCUUCGAAGCUGGUGAAAUAGCCGCCCAAGGAUCUUACAAAGAGAUUAAGAAAUCAGACACAUUCAGUGCUUUGGAAUCAGCUCUGGAAGAGGAACAAAAAGUCGAACCGGAGGAGAACAAAGAACCAAUGCAACUGCGGAAAGGUAGACAAGCUGAUGAGAAAGAAACUCAAAUCACGGGAAAUGUCGGGUUCGACACCUACAAACAAUACUUCAAGGCAGUGCGAAGUUGGCUCUUCAUAUUUUUCGUGGCGUUCUUGUUCAUUGGAGCACAAACUGCAAUCAGUAGCGUUGAUUACUUUGUUGCAAAAUGGGUCAAUUGGGAGGAGACGGUUUCGCUGGCAUCAGUAAAUAAAACGUUAGAAGCUUCGAAUAAUACGAAAUUUGCGCUCCCAUUAAACACGUCCUUCGAGCAGCCCGAAGACGCUAUGAUUGCACGUUUUGCCAACAUGUCGACGGCGCCAUUCGAAGCACAAGAAGUCACCGAAAAGCGGAAUUUCUACAUUCAAACGUACAGCAUUGCAAUACUCCUUGUGCUAUUUUUGGUGCUGCAGAGAACCUUUUGUUUCUUCCAAAUGUGUCUUCGUGCCUCGAUAAAUUUGCAUGACAAACUAUUCCGUGGUAUUACACGUGCCACCAUGCAUUUCUUCAGUACAAAUCCUUCUGGAAGGAUUCUUAAUCGAUUCUCAAAGGAUAUCGGCGCCGUAGACACAGCUCUGCCUACAGCUCUCAUGGAUUGCAUAGUGUUUACUGUCGAAUUAACCGCCAUCGUGACGCUUGUGACUAUUGUAAAUUAUUGGCUCCUGAUACCAACGUUCGUUAUGUCCUUGAUAUUCUACGGAUUACGAUAUGUCUAUGUGAACACGGCGAGGAGUGUCAAGAGAUUAGAAGCUUUGACCCGCAGUCCAGUGUACUCACAUUCAAACGCUACUCUGCAAGGACUCUCAACAAUUCGUGCUUUUCGUGCUGAAGAGAUUCUCGUAAAUGAGUUCGACGCCCAUCAAGACCUAAACACUUCAGCGUGGUAUCUUUUCUUGGCAACAGCACGAGCGUUCGCCUUAUGGCUAGAAGUCACAUGCGUCAUCUAUUCGGCAAGUGUAAUAUUCAGCUUCCUCCUAUUUGCCACUGAAAGCCGUGGGGGAAACGUCGGUCUGGCCAUCACUCAAUGUUUCAACUUGAUCUUCAUUUGCCAGUGGGGAAUGCGGCAAACGGCUGAAUUGGUAAACCAGAUGACCUCAGUAGAGCGCGUAGUUGAAUAUUCAAGCUUGAAGUCCGAACCUCCAAUGGAAUCAGAAAACAAAUACAGACCACCUAAAGACUGGCCACAGCAUGGUGGAAUCAGGUUCAAUAAUCUCUCACUGAGAUAUUCAGCAAAUUCAAAGGAUCCAAUACUCAAGGAUUUGAGCUUCAUUGUGAAGCCCAAAGAGAAAAUUGGUAUCGUUGGAAGAACUGGUGCAGGUAAAUCAUCCAUCAUUCAAGCGUUAUUCCGAUUGGCACUGAAUGAUGGGACAAUCGAGAUUGAUGGAAUUGAUAUCGGAACGUUGGGAUUGCAUGACCUUCGUAGCAGAAUUUCUAUAAUUCCUCAGGAUCCGAUUAUAUUUUCGGGAACUUUGCGGUAUAAUUUAGAUCCAUUCGGACAAAAAUCAGAUGAAGAGAUUUGGAAAGCAUUGGAGCAAGUUGAACUGAAAUCUGUUUGCCGUGCUUUACCAGGCGCUUUGGAAUUCAAAAUGUCUGACAGUGGUUCGAAUUUCAGCAUGGGUCAGAGACAAUUGGUAUGUCUCGCACGUGCCAUUCUGAGAAAUAACAAAAUUUUAGUUUUGGACGAAGCUACAGCUAAUGUUGACCCAGAAACCGACAAACUCAUCCAAACCACAAUUCGUACCCAAUUUGCAGACUGCACAGUACUUACAAUAGCACAUCGUCUUCAUACGGUUAUGGAUAGUGAUCGUGUCCUCGUCAUGGAUGCUGGUCGAAUUGUAGAAUAUGCACAUGCCUAUGAGCUUCUGCAAAGACCAGGAGGCUUUUUGAGAAAAUUAGUGGAUCAAACAGGACCUGCAACAGCUGCCCUUUUGGCAGAUCACGCCAAAAGUAGUCACAAGCGGCACAGAGAGAAGCAGUAGGCUAGCGCUCUGAGGAGUAGGAAGUGUGCAUUCACGUAGUUCUUGUUUACUUAAUUAGAUAAGGCAUUUAUUAAUUUAAAACUAUUAUUAUUGAUAUUGUAUUUCUUACAAAAAGUUGCCAUUUUGUACUGUUUACAAAAUUGAGGAUGAUUUUUUAUACAUAUCUGUUAAGAAAUUUGUAUGAUUUUAUGUAUCAUUUUUAAUAAAAACAGAACAAUGUUUCAUAUGAGAUGAACUC